AUGUUCCAGGGAUGCGGCCCCAAGUCUCCGGAGAUCCCACACCAGAGCACACACAGGGACAAGUUCUACAAGUUCAGCGCCUCGGCCGGGCAGGGGCGCACGCACUCACCCGCUCACUCACCCAGACUUUCCCAAAUACGCGGUCACACACAUCCUACCCCGGGUUAUCUGGCCACGCUCACCGAGGAGACAAAGUACAAGCCGACUCACCCGUGCGCUGACACUGCCCAGUUGCGCGCGUACACACCGGCUCCGAAACUCGCCCCACUCAGAGAACCCCAGCCGCCCCGCGCGCUCUCCUUGCCUGGGGCCGAGUGGGGAGUCGCGCGGGUCUGCCCCGCCGCGUCCCCAGGCCGCUCCCUGUCCUCUGUCCUCUCCAGGCCGUCCGCCCCUCACCUCCGUGCUGCGCCCAGGGUGUCGCCGCCGCCGCUCCCGGGUGCCCGCGCUGGCGUCCGCGUCCCGCCGCCGCCACAGGGACCCAUGUGCUUUGGAGGCCCCGCGGCCCCCGCCCCCCCUCGCCCCCCACCUCCGCGGCCCGGCCAGGCCGGGGGCGGGGCAGACUCUGCACAGACCCUGGCACCGCCCGCCGCCCGCCCCGCGCUGCCUCCGGCAGACACCCCGCCACCAGCUCAGGGACUCCGCCCGCGCGGCGAUGCGGCCUCUGGGCCCGCGCGUCCCAGCGCGGCGCUGCGCGGGGAGGAGCCGGCGGGGAUGGUCCCACAGCCUGGCCGGAUGGAGGUCGCCCGCCUCCCUCACACGAGAUCGGGAGCGGUUGAGGAGAGGUUUUCAGACAUGCUAAUGUUUUCCAAGUGAUUUGGAUGGUUGUGGUGGUUUGGAGCUGUGUGUA